AUGGUCUACGGAUCUCUCUAUCGUUCAAGACAGCAAAAGGCGUCGUCCACUACUUCACGUCCGAGUGAUACACCCCCACUACCCAGUGGAAAUUCUCAAACGUUACAGGAAAUACCAAAUUGGACAAGUAGUAACACUAGUAGUCGGUCCAAUGUUAGUACCACUAGUGCUGAUAGCGUCACACCUGAUGCUUAUCUUCACUUUAGUGAACAACAGCAGGAUGCAUUAUUACUCGAUGCACGUGGGAAUGCUGCGGCUUUAUUAGUGGACGCUGUAGCGGACGCUGAGAAAUGGCAGUUUGUUACAGCACGUGGACCGCUUAACGUCUAUGAGCUACGUGCUGACUCAAUGCAUCGCGUGUCCAGCAUGAUGCCCGCUGAUCCGUCCCAAUUGUCACAAAAUAUGCAUACAAUGCUAGCCACGACACGAGUACGUGCAACGUUGGACGACUUUAUACGUCUUAUGGCGUCCCCUAAGCGAGAUGUGUUUCAAAAUGUUCAAGCGGCUUUGUUUGAGGAACGUGUUCAUUCGAACUCACCUUCACAAAGUGUAAGGGAGACGGAGCAAUAUGCUAUCAAGUAUGUAUCGAUCAAGGGUAGAGCAGCUCGGAAUAAUUCGAACGCUGCAUUGAACGCGAGUUCAGCAUCUACUUCACUUAAAUUUGGAGGCAAGAAUCGACAUCGGGAACGGCAGGCAGCAAGAUUGCAUAAUGGAAUGGGACGUAAGGGUGCAGAUAGUACACAUGAGCAAGGACUUACACUUUGUGUUUCCGAGUACGCGACGAUUCGUCGAGCGUACAUUCGUGGUCCAAUGGCACACAAUCAAGCACAAGAUUUUGAAGACCAGCGAAUUGGAAUUAUCUUGCACCACUCGAUUGAAGACCCAGCGGUGACACGCUACUGCAAACCCAUCGUGACGUCUGCAUCGCCACUAUCCAAAGCGGCAACAUCACAAGCGGCUAACUUUGCAUUGACUGCGAGAGCGUUGAUGCAGUUUUCAGGCUUUGUCGUGUACCCUGUAGCGUCAUCGGUUGCGGGCGAUAACGUACUAGAAGUUUUGAUCAAAUUUAGCUGCUACGAUGCCAAUGGAGUCACAGCUACACGAAGACAGAACAUGCUGGCGUACUUGACUGCCUUUCAGCAGUUGAACACAGUGCUAUUGGUCAUGCGUCUACGAGAGUCUCCCUACUUGACGUCGGAAAAUUGGGUCAAGUCUCGGAAGAGUUGCUGCGUAUGUCAGGGCAAGUUUUCGAUGUCACGUAGGAAACACCACUGUCGUCUAUGUGGUGACGUUGCUUGCUCCAAGUGCUCCGAGGUGCACCAGAUCAAACUUGGCAAAGCAGGCAAAUGCCCGUUCCGCAUCUGCAUCAACUGCCAGCACGGAAUAGAUGACAGCCAAAGGUCUAGCAAAGGACGGAUGAACCUUCAAGUCCAGGGUGCAGCUCAACCUCCCAGGACACCCGUGAACGGUAUCAAUGCUCUGCGUCGUCGACUUAAUAGCGGUAAUGCACCACCACGCAGUCCAGAAGAUGAUGAAGAGUACAAUCGUGCGCCAUCGACGAACUCGAGUAGCGGUGAUAGUUCGGACAUGUAUGACUCUCAAAAUUUGUUGUCAUCUCAUGCAUCAAGCGGAGAUCGAACGUUGUCAAACAUGUCUGGAAGUACGGUAAGCAGCUUCAACAGUAGCCGUGGUCUGGGAGCAUUCAGCAAGAGCGGCAGCUCGAAGACGUUGAGCAUUAGUAGUCUUGGCGGUAGCUUCUACAAGCCGAGCAAUGCAAGCAACGCCACAACAGCGUGCAGCUCUCGUGGCAGCCGCUUUGAUUACGAGAGCGAAAAUGACAUUGAAGGGAAUGAUGAUGAAGGGAAAGACGACGAUAGCGAUACUGAGAAAGGGUUGGAAAAGACUCGGGAAGUCUCACAAGAAGUGGAGAAGGAGCCUGAAGGUGACUCGAGCGCGGAUAUUGACUCGAUCGAGGCGAUUGAAGUAGCGUCUGUGUGCUCGUCAUCACCGUCAUCACCUAGCAGCGUUGUGAUGCAGAGCGAUUUGUUUUACAAGCGAUUCUCCGAGUUGUCACUAAUGGACUUUCACGACUCGGAGUUUGAUCUGUCCCUCAAGGGCGGUAUUCCUGUUGCUGGUGCUAAUACUAGGCGUUUUACAAACAAUUCCGAACUGGAAGGCUUCGACUUUAAUGAUUCGGAGGCUGACGCGGAUUCGGGUCGAGAGGAUCUUGACGGUAUCGGUGAGGAGGAGAACGAAGAUGGAGAGGAAGAUGAAGAGGACAUUUGUGACUUUGAUCUUCAAGAACUGGACGAGGCCGACGAGGACGAUGGAAUGGAGUUUCACGACUCGAAUGUCGGUAUCGACUUUAAGCUGCAGGACCUCAAUUUGCAUGAUUACCGUAGCCUCGACGAACUUGAAGAGGGCGACGAAGAGUAUGACGAGGAGGUUUUGGAAGAAAUCCAUACGGACAUUGUGCUGGGAAAAUCUCGUGUCACGUCGUCUUUGGAUGAAGAGCGCGCUGCUCGUCUUGCAGAGUAUGGCAUUAUGGAUUCGGGCAAGGAACAUAUAUACGACCUUGUGGCAAAGCAGGCGGCACAGCAUUCAAGCUGCUCACUGGCGACAAUCAGUUUCGUGGAUGCCAGGCGAGAAUUUAUUAAAUCCAGCUUCGGCUUGUCGCGUGAGUUGAAUGAGGUGCCUCUUUCUCACUCGCUCACAGCAGAGAUCAUGCGACGCUUUCCGAUUUGCAAGAGUCCUGUAGUCAAGGACACAACAAGUGACGAUGAAGAAGUGGAAGAUAACGGAGAGGUCGUGACGGUGCUAGACGCGAAGGAAGAUGACAUAUUGUCUUCUAAUUUAUUUGUCACGGAGGUGCCCAACCUACGCUUUGUAAUGGGAGUGCCAUUCCGGGCGAGUGACGGUAUCGUGCUUGGUGCGCUCAUUGUAGCAGACUCACAGCCCCGCACUUCGGUAUCGUCGCGACAACGUUCGCUCUUGAAAGACCUUGCCGAGCAGGUGAGUGCGUUGCUCCAAGAUCUGUGGACCCGCAACCAAGAGCGCACGAAAGUAGCUAGCUCGCAGUCUGGCCAGAUCCAUGACAAGCUUGCGGACCUGCUUUCACAGUCUUAUACCACCGGUCUGCAGAUGCAGCAGAACGAGCUCAAGAUCCAGGAGCAAUCGUCGUCAUCCGUGAGUUCUUCUACGCAUCAGCCACAGUAUGCCAAGGACUUUUGCAAUAUGCAAAGCGUUGAGUUAUAA